AUGGCUACUUAUACAAGUCUUGUUCUUCGUCCCCUAGAGCUCAAACUACCCAGAGGCAACCCUUUGAUGGCUGCCAAUUUCAAGACAGCCACAAUCGCUGCCAAGACAAGAGGUAAUAUGAGACCCCUAAAUCCAAUUCCACCAUUUAUAGGGUUGAGCAGUACUAGAAGAACCGCGGUCUCCGUCUCCAAAUCCUCUCCCUCCUCCACUCUCACUGAUGAUGGUAAUUGCAAUGGUAACCCCUGCCUUGACCUCUUCCUCAACUUCCGAUAUGCGGAGAAGGCCGGCGCCGGCCGUAAUCAUCUGGAGGAACUGCUGUCGCUGGCCUGGUCCCACAACCCCCUAACUGCACUCAAGCUCAUCUACAAGAUACUUCAGGAUUGCUCCUUUGGAACAGGUGAGGAGGAUACGUUCCGCACCGUGACGUUUUGGAUACACAAUAAUCACCCCAAGACCCUAGCGCGCAACGUCACGCCUAUUGCAGGGGCGCAUGACAUAGAAGGCCAAGACGUGAGCCAGCAGCACCAGCAAAAUGCGGCUGUCGUCGAGAGGUACGAGCAUGACCCGGAGUAUCGCUUCUUCCACGAGUUUAUUUCGGAUAUUUUUGUGGAGUGCUUGAAGUCUGACAUUGAAAAACUGAAGAAGAAAAACUCGAAGCAACCUAAUGAUGAUCAAGACAACUGGUGGAAGAUAACCUCGGCUGCAGACAGUUGCCUUUCCUUGGGCAACAACUUUAGCGACUCCGCUCUGCUGCUCCAAAGCAUAGCGAGAAAGGUUUUCCCGCGAGAAUCAUACCCGGAAUACCGAGGUGUUGAGGAGGCCGAGUAUGCAGACUCUGUCCGAGACCGGCUGACAAAGGAGGUAUUGCUGCCUAUGGACAAGUUGGACGAGGCCUACAAAUAUUAUGGUAGUACGGAUGAUACAUAUUUGGAGAAGUUGAAAGCCCACCAGAAGUAUUGGGAGAACUUGAAAGUCGACAAGUCCAAAAUUGAAGCGGAUGCUUUGCUUCCGCAUCAAAUAUUAAGCUAUGUGAAUCAUUGGAAUUUCGCGCAAGUGGCUGAGCUUCAGUGGAAGGCCAUGGUGGAGGGUAUAAAAAAGCAAGGCAAAUUAAACGGCAAGAAGAUACUCAACAACUGCUUGGCUGUAUGCAACCUCCGGUACAUGUUCAAGCCCGGGAUGCGCAGCAUGGACGCAUCCGUGGGGUUUGCUCUUUUAAUGUCUGAACUGAAUGAAGAGCCAUGGAAAGGAAAGGUUGACUUUGAGAAGGUGCUUGAUUUAAUUCUAGAAGAGGCUGUGAAUGGGAAUUUGAAGCCAGAGCAGAUGAUCAAGAAGGUGUUUGUCUUCACCGACUCCACAGACUUCGAUAAUGCUAGGUCCAAGCCUAAUAAUGAGGAGUCUGAUGACGAGGAUUCAGUUAAUAGUUGGAAGAUUAUUUAUGAGGGAAUACAGAGAAAGUAUAAGGAGAAAGGGUAUGAUAAUGCGGUGCCACAUAUUAUGUAUUGGAAAAUGUGGUCUUGUCUCUCCGAUCCUAGGUGGUGGGUGAAGUCUUCCGAACAACCUGGGGUGACGACGCUUGAAGGCACCGCUGACAAUUUGCUCAAGUUGGUCUUGGACAAUGGAGGGGAAAUUUCCCUGGACCUUAUCAUGGAAGCAACUAUCUCAGGCAAAGAGUAUCAGAAGCUGCUUGUAGUGGACUGA